ACAGAGUGCGCUCAGAGCGGCUAGUGGCUGGAGAGGAGACUAGUCCCGCCUACAGGCGUGGCUCUCUCCCUCUGGUAGCUGCGGUUAGAACUAACCGAAGGUUCGAAUGGAACAGUCCAGUAAUCUGGAGAGAGACGGAGAGAGAGAGUGAACAAAACCAGGAUGAACAGUCAGAUGUCUCUCUAGUCUGUGAGUUUUGUCGCAGUGGAAUAGACGUGCACUUGUAUUGUCAAUGCUUGCACCGCUCACCAUUGUAUGUGAUUAUAAACUAUAUAUUUUAGAUUUGUAAACUUGUAGCAAGAUGUCAAAAGGUGUCUGGAGGAAACGCGCCCUCUCCACCGCUGGAGGAGCCUCGUUCACCUGCCUCGUGAUGAUGUUUCUUCUCGUCGCCGUUAUCAAACACCGGGGGACUCUCGUGGAGGAAGGUUCCAACGGGAGAGAGUUCGGGACUCGCUCCCUGCAAAGUUUAAACAGCAUUAAUAAUAAUGACAAACCCGUUGACCAAGCUCCAGCCGAGGAUCGGGUCGGGGAGAAAUGUCAGGCGACCCAGGUCAAGGGUUUCUCGGCGUACUUCAGUGAGUUGAGCCGGGGGAAGCGGGCGGUGGAGCACAGAGCGGUGAAGACUCGUGAUCCUACACCGGUGGAGGAGCUCAGUCCGGCGGAUGUGUUCAUAGCGGUGAAAACCACCAAGAAAUAUCACCACACCAGGCUGGAUCUACUGCUGGACACAUGGAUCUCUAGAAACGUGCUACAGACGUACGUAUUCACCGAUGGAGAGGAUGACAGGCUGAGGAAGAGGAUGGGGAGUCACAUGAUCAAUACGAACUGUUCAGCGGCCCACAGUCGCCAGGCUCUGUCCUGUAAAAUGGCCGUCGAAUACGACACCUUCAUCAGCUCUGGCAAGAAGUGGUUCUGCCAUGUGGAUGAUGAUAACUACGUGAACAUACGUUCCCUUGUGAAGCUCCUGUCUCACUACAGCCACGCCCACGACGUCUACAUUGGCCGGCCUAGCCUCGACCGACCGCUAGAAGCCACCGAGAGGUUUGGCGACGCCCACACGCGUCCAGUGCGUUUCUGGUUUGCCACAGGAGGAGCAGGGUUCUGUGUUAGUCGAGGUCUCGCCCUCAAGAUGAGCCCCUGGGCCAGUGGAGGUAAUUUCAUGACAACAGCUGAUCGUAUUCGUCUCCCUGACGACUGUACGGUUGGUUACAUCAUCGAGGCGUUGCUAGGGGUGGGUCUUAUCCGCUCCCCACUGUUCCACUCUCACCUGGAGAACCUUCAGCUGGUGUCACCGACACAGAUACACCACCAGGUGACUCUGAGUUAUGGAACGGUUGACAGUAAGAGAAACAUAAUCAAUAUAAGAGGAGCGCUCUCAUUGGACGAAGACCCUACCAGGUUCAGGUCUGUCCAUUGUGUCUUAUACCCAGACACUCCGUGGUGUUCAGCCCUGACCUGGUACUGAGGUACUGACCCCACCAGUCCAGAGACACGGAAAGAGGGGAGAAGACGAGAGAUGGAGCAAAGACACGGAAGGGGGCGAUGGGCAGAGGAGAGAAGUGGAGAAGAGGGACUAGAGAUAUUGAUGAAUGGAUAGACAGAGGAGAGAAGUGGAGAAAAGAGACUAGAGAUAUUGAUGAAUGGAUAGACAGAGGAGAGAACAGGAGAAACAGCCAAUAGCCUCCCUCUGUAUGGUUCCAGAAUGAUGAUGUCAUGAUACGGUGCCUUCUGACCAUAGAACGUCUUUCUCCAGCUCUCAUGUCCUGCUUGGUGUCACAGGGAUGGAGUUGGAUCGUUUUGGGGUUCCUAGGGCCUCGGGGGGCACCUCGUGGGAUGACACUGGAUCUCUCCGUCACCGGAUCCUUACGCCCUCUAACCCUUGACCUCUAACCCCUAGUCCCUCCCAGAGAGGCCUGGUGGGGGGAAGAGACGAGCGCAACGUUGUUGUGAAGUUGCUGAUUGCAGAUGGCUCUGUGUUGCAGCUCUAACAGAGAGCCUCUGUUUUAAGGCUGUUGUGUCGCUCCGCUUUGUAGCCUGAGUUCCAGUCUGGUUUUGUGCUGUCAUCAACUCCUUGUCACAAACUCAAUGUCACGUUUGUCUCGUCCACGACAGCGAUGUAGUUGGCAUGGUAGCACAAACAGAUCUGGGACCAGGCUAUCUAUUUUGUGAGUAGAAGUUGUUAUCUUUCCCCCCCCCCCUUGGUUGCUAAGGAGAAUGGUUCUACAUCCUCUUUGGUGUUCAACAUUCCUCUUCCUGCAUCUUGGAGGCUGAAGGAUAUACAAACUGUGUACUGUUUUUUUCCUUUUCAAUAUUCUUCCCAAUAUUAAGGUUUAUUGUGGAUAAAAAGAAUAAUAAUAAUGUCAACAGACUCCGGAUCUCUACCAGACCAGUGAAGUGGUGUGUUUUACUGCUCGUUGUUAAACAGUUGAUUGUCUAUAACUUUUCAGUAUUAUCUUGUUAUUCCAUCAGACAGCUGUCAAUCAGACAACAGUAAUAAUGACUUGGAGUUGGAUGGUGACCAAGCACUUUGCUGGGAGUUCUGAAGCACCAGGGACUGUGUACAUAAAGCAGGUCUCAGAAUAGGGCUGCCGGUCUAGGAUCAGGUGCCCUCUCUUAUUCAUUAUAAUCUAAAAGGCCAAACUGAUCCUAAAUCAGCACUCUUACUCUGACAUUCUUUAUGAAUAUGGUUCCAGAAAUCCCAUUGGUGGGGGGUCAAAAAACUUUAAACCCAACAUCCUACUGUAUUGAAGACAGACUAUGCAUUUUGUUACCAUGACGAUAUAUAUCUCAUGUACAUUUGUAAACAGAGGAAUGUAGAAGGAGUAGAACGGGCCUCCCUAUUCAUGUCAACGACGUCAUAAUGGGCAGACAGGCAGCCGUUCUAGUUCUAUGUUUAGUAGUGGAAUCCUGAGGCGUGUUGGGAGGGAUCAGAGAGGUGGAAACAGAAAUAGAAUGACUAGAACAGUCUCGGAACCUUUAACCCUGGUAAUUUGACUCAUGGGUACUCUCACAUUGGCCGCCAGUCCACCCAUCAUGCCAUCAUAAUGGACCUGUUCCAUGGAUUGUUUUUGUAUGAGCGGAACAUGUUCAUGUUCUCGUGUUCUUAAUAAGUGUUCUGAUGACCUCUCUCUCUCUCUCUCUCUCUGUGAGGUAAUAAUUGACCCAUAAUGGGUUUCUGAUUGGAGAUUGUUUAUGAGAAGCGUUCCUCCUGGACUGGGCCUCUAUAGAUAAAGACCUGUUCUGUUUUGACCACUGAACAUCAUCUGCUUCAGUCAUGUGUUUUUAUGUUAUUCUUUUGAUCAGGACGGUUUCUGAUUGGGAUUUUACUGUGUUGUUGUUGUCGUUGUUGUCUUUGUUGUUGUUGUCUUUGUCAUUGUUGUUGUUGGAUGUAUUCUCCAGUAUCUGGACUAUAGAAAGACAGCAGUAUCUCAAGGGAUUUGAACGCUGAAUAUAUUGCCUUUUGUCUCACCACAGUGGUUGCUAUUCUCUGCUUUUUUAAUAAAGCCUAAUAAUGCCUUA